AUGGGCCAAACACUCAGGAAAAGACGAAAUGAGCGGAUUUUGAAAAAAGUUGAAGAGGAGGAAAGUUUGUUCAGGAUCAUAGCCAUCUCAAAUUUGACGAAAAAUACGCAUCAAAUUGUGAAAAAGAGGAAACUCUGCGUUUAUGAUUUUGAGAUAACCUUCGAACCGGGAGGAAAACACACAUUAUGCAUGACAUAUAUAGGUGAAAGGUUCACAUUUAACUUGAGACCAGCGGAACGAUUUGAGGAUCGAUGGAGGUUUCGUUUCUGCAACAACCAUAUCGAUUUGAUCAUCCGCCACCUCAUGAAUCUUUUCGACAUUGCUCAUAUCGAAACCGUCAAAUUUCACGACCCAGAAGGAGAUAUUCAAAAUCUCUGCAACAUUUCUGAAAUCGUCAAUUCCACAGGAAUGGUCAUCUCGAAACUAACGGUAACAAAAGAGGAAUUGGAUUUGAUAAAACUCAAAUUUCAUCGGCUGAACUUUAUGAACUUCGUUACAACUGCCCCAGCGGGCUAUGAAGGAUUUCCAUUGGCAUACAAAACUGCUGUAAUUCAAAAUGACACCAUGCUUAGCUGGGCGCAUUUAUCAUAUUCCCAAUCCACCUAUAUAAAAGUCCACGGGUCAAAUGUCACAUCAUCUGGGCUGAAUCAAUUUUUAAAAUCCUGGAUUCGAGAUAGGGCACCGAAGAAUUUGGAAUUUAUGGUUUUUGAAGACUUCAUUGGAACCAAGGAAGAAAUAUUCAAAGGAAUCAAGACAUCUACUGAAAAUCUGAAACUCACUGGGUCAUUCCGCAAGGAUCAAGUAUUUGGAUCAGAGUUUUGGAAACGUGCGGGAAGUGUGUACAUUGAGAGAGAUGACUAUUUGUACGCCACGAUUUCGUUUCAAUUCGGGAGGACGGUGAUUUUUGCAGUUUGGACGUAUGAGAAGCUUUUUGGAGAGGACUAA